AUGGAACAAGCCGCCGCGACGCGCUCCCCAGUCCUUAUGGACAGUGCUGUCCUCGUCGGCGCGCGCAUCCUCUACUUCCUCCUCGCCCGCCGCUUCCUCCAGACCCUCUCCCCAACCCUUCGCGAGUUGCAGAAACCCGACGUCCCUCCCCUUCCAACGGCACAGCCUCCUCGUACACGGCCCAGGUCGGCGUCGGCGAUGAGUGGUGCGUCCAUUAGGUCAGGACCGCGUACACCUGCCGAACAACCUGCACCUCUUCCCGACACCGAGGACGAAGACACCUCCCCCUCAAGCAGUUACCCCGGCUCGCCGGCGAGUGCACGGGGCCUCCUCCCCAACCCAUCUUCUCCCGAUGCCUCGAGUAUGGGCGGGCCGAGCGGCAUCGAAAUGCAGCUCCUCGGCGCCAAGCUCCAGCCGCGCGUGAUCGAGCUCUCGCACACCGCCCCUCUGCCUAGUGCUGUGGGAACGAAGCGCGUAAAGCGGGCCGCGAGAGGGCUGAGCCGCAUCGCCAGGACGCUUUUCGCGGUUUGCUUCGCUGAGAGCAUGACGCUCAUCUCCAUCGUGGUCUCCCACGCCUUGGGGAUCCUGCACGCACAUGCUCGCCGUGUCAACUUCUCUGUGUCGCUGCACAUCUUACUCGCGCUCAUCCUGAUCGUGGUCCCUCUCGUGCAGUGCCUGCUGUGCACGUACCGGAGUCGUCGGGACUCCAUCUCCACAAAACCCUCCGCGUCCUCGCUCAGCCUCACCUCGCGAGUCCUCAUUUCGCUCAUCCCCUUCGCGAUCUACAUCUUCCUCUUCACGCGCAUCCCGCCGUAUAUCACCGCUUUGAAGCCUGUGGACGACGGGUGGGCUGAGGACUGGGAAGGCGGGGGAUGGCUCGAGAGCUCUCUUGGCCGCGUCGUGGUUCUCGGUGUGGUGGUGAUCGCGGGGCUGAGUGGCAUCGGUGCGGUGGUCACAGCCAGGGACUACCUCGAGCAAGCAGCCGGCACAAAGCGUGUCGUCACCGACGCUGAUGUGCUGCAGGCCGAGCGCUCCCUCUACCGAGUGAGGCACGACGCGCAGGCCAAGCGUGACGAGCUGGAGCGCCUCGCGCGCGCCGCCCCAGAACCAGGAGGCUGGAUGACCCGCGUGUUCGGCACCAAGGCCGAUGCCGAGGCGUCCUCUCUCCAAACGGAACUCAAGACGCUCGAGGUGAUGGAGGCGGACAUUUCGCGCUCGGUUGCCACCCUCCGCGCCCGGCACCGCGCACAAGGCUUCCGCGCAACCCUCAAGGGAACAGUUUACAACGUCCUCGGAUACAUCUUUGCAAUCUACUGCGUAGCUCGCCUGCUCCUCUGCGCCGCCUCGCUCCUCUCCCCCUUCGCCACUUCCACAACCUCGGCCGAACCAACAAAGGGCAACUCGAACGGCGACUGGAUCAGUUUCGUCCUCGCCCUCGCACUGAGCGGUCUCGACGCGGACGCGGAUGUCGCGCGCUGGUCGCGCACAAUUUCGCUACUCUUCACGGGCGCGCUGGUGAUCAGCUCCCUCGCCAUGGUGCUGAGGUGGCUCGCGCGUGUCCUCCGCCUCACCUCGCGGACGGUUGGUGCUGGCUUCCUCCUCCUGACCCUCGGUCAGCUCUUCGCGACCUACGUGAUCAGCCUGCUCGUCCAGCUGCGCUCGUCCCUCCCGCCAUCUCCAGCGUCGCCACUCGAGGGCUUGCCCGCCAACGCAACCAUCGCCGCCUUCGGCGUGGAAGGAAACGAAACCGAGAGCGUGGCGGCCGCAGCCAUGGCGGCCGUCGUUGCCGCCGCAGCUAGCGCUGACGAUUCGCUCCUCCGCUCCCUACCUGACUUCCGGGUGUUUGGGCGCCUCUUCGACGCCGUGUUCCUCCUCGCGGCACUCAGCACUUUCGUGUAUCGCUGGGUCGCAGCCAAGGUGUCCGACGACGGUGACUUGUACGAAGCGCUGGGGCGGUAG